AUGAGCAGGUUGAGACCAUUUGGAGAAGGUUAUUGUUACGAAAGUGUGGGAGAAUGUUCCAUACAAACGGCCAACCCCAGAUACAAAGCGAGAAUAGAUGAAAAGCGUUGUUGGAAGAGGAGCGGUCACAGCAACAAGAUGACAAGAUCGAUAUGGGUGACGUUGCUACUGCUGAUACUGACAGGAGCGGUGAAAGCUCACAUACACUUCCUGAGACUGGCAAUUCUGGCGGCUGCAGGACUGGCGGGAAUGUACAUGGUACAUCUACUGGCUCAGGACUGGACUAAGAUACGACCUAACACACCUAACCUCACUCCGCUCAUUCAACAGGCACUGCAGGGCAUCCAGGGCCUCUCCAAACGGUCCAUCCCUGACGGAAUAGUUGACGAUAGUCUGAACGAGAUCCCGACUUGGGACUCGGCCCUAGAGCAGGAUCCCCUAGGGUGUGCUCGUAAACUGGUCUGUACUCUGGCUACCAGGCCACGCUCUUCCCUCAGGGCAGAAGAGACCAACAUACUCGCCAUGGUCAGGGCAGGUGUGGGGGACGGAGGUAGCAGAGAGUUCGAGGAGGCGGCAAAGCUCGGAGAACAGACGCGACAAGAGUCAACAUGUGACCACGUGUAUCAUAAAUGUUACUAUUCUACUAGACAACUAGUGAAAAUACUUAGGACGUUUUAGUGUCGACUAAACUGCAGUUAGGACUUGUUUUACCAAGAAUUUUGUGAUGCGCAAGGAUUUAUUUGUAAACAAAAUGUAAGGUCUAAGAGUUUAAUACCUGACGACAAAGAUGCACUCAAUAUGCUCUCAAUAAGCUUUUUGGAAAUAUGAUUGUUCCAAAACUGCAAUGAACGAGUUAAGUACCAUUUUAAAAUAUCAUUCUAUUAUUUUUAGAAGAACCUUUACUAAAAUAAAAGUGUUUUAGACAAAUUAAGAAGCGAUUUGGUAAAAUAUGAUCUACACCUCUAGAAUAGCUGCGUUAUAACACACAUACCAAAGUUGUUAACCUCUUUAUGAACUAUUUGUACCACACUACGUACAGCUAACAUUGUUAAAUGUUUAAGAAGUGUUAAAGAUUGUUAUUUCUGUAUGUUCUCCCUAGUUACCAGUUACUGUAAUAUUUAUGUAUAUAGGCUGCAAUUUCCUAAUUAGUGAAUUUGUCAUUACUAGUGUAAAUAACGCUUAAUUUUAACAAUUAUAUGUAACUCAUAAGGUGCUAACUCUUGCUUUAUAUAAUAGACAUAUUCUCCUUAUUCGGAUAUUAAUGAACAAACGUAAUAUUUUUAAGACGUCACUAUAAUUAUUAAAGUAAAUGAUUACAAAAUAUUUGCCGGCGUAGGCUGUACAAAUUUCAUUAAAUUCAUAUCAGAACAUUGUCAGCUCACUUAGUAAUUAGUAUACCUAGAAUAUUGACAGAACGUUAAAAAAUAUUAAUUGGAACAUCUUUUGGAGUUAAUUAUUUUCUUUUCUUUAGAAUACACUUUCAAUAUUUAGCAAAUCUCAAAUCAAAAGGUUAAUUUUCAAAUGUUGGAUAUGACUAUGCUCAAAAUAAUAAGCUUGUAAUGGUCAAAGUGGCGGUUUUUUCAUGAACAAACACAAUGAAUAGUUUAAAAUAAAAUAGAAUUUCACAUAAAAUAAAUCGAAAAACCCUAAAAGGCGUUUUAACUAACAUUAAUUAGAA